GAAAAAUGGCCAGAAGGCCCGUGCGGUUGCGUUUUUUUUCACGCCGUCCGCUGCACCAUUUCCCCUUCCGUUCCGUCCGCUGCAUCCUCGUCGUACGUUCUGUCUGUCUUUCUCGCCCCCUCUCGCUCUCCGACGGCUGGUCGGCCGCCGCCGCCGUAAGCCGCCAGGUGCUGAGGCUUUCGUUGGUCUCUUCGCCGGGGACGAGCACCCACUAGUGAUUCCUGAACAGUUUGUUUUAGAUGGCAAAUGAAGAGAAGUUGUUCAAGAUGGGAAAUGCAGAUACAGAUACUGCUGCACUGCACAAUGAAUGGGAUGAUGCUCUCUGUCCGAUAUGCAUGGACCAUCCACACAAUGCUGUCCUUCUGUUGUGCAGCUCCCAUGACAAAGGAUGCCGAUCCUAUAUAUGUGAUACAAGCUAUAGGCAUUCAAAUUGCUUAGACAGGUUCAAGAAAAUGAAAGUGAAUGAUGGGGACAGUCCUUCACAGUCAAGCUCAUCCAUGCCUAGGGGUACAAGAAACCAAAAUGUUGUCCACGGAUCUCGUUUUGGUCUUACUAGAGAGAGCCGCAGACUACACAUAGACAUAUCUGAACCCAAUGAAGCUUCCAAUCAUCAAGGUGCCAGCCAUAGACCUGCUGCCAUAGGUGGAGAACAGGAAGAUAACAGCUACAAUGAAGGCACAGAUUUGACAUUGGAAGGUCAAGAGGUUGAGAUCAAUGGUACUUCAGAGUCAAGUGAUAUGUCAAGCUUAAACCAAUUGUUGUGCCCACUGUGUAGGGGGGCUGUUAGUGGCUGGAAGAUCAUCGAAGAAGCUAGACAGUAUUUGGAUGAGAAAUCCAGAGCUUGCUCACGAGAAGCCUGCAUGUUUUCUGGCAACUACAGGGAGAUCCGUAGACAUGCCAGAAGGGUGCACCCCACUACAAGGCCUGCUGAUGUUGAUCCAUCAAGACGCCGUGCAUGGCACCGCCUGGAGCAUCAGCGGGAGUAUGCUGAUAUAGUAAGUGCAAUCAGGUCGGCUAUGCCUGGGGCAGUUGUGUUUGGUGAUUAUGCUAUCGAAGGUGGUGAAAUGUUUUCACAUGACCGGGAAACCAGUGGCCCAAGUGAACCGAGUGGGUCUCUUCUGACAACAUUCUUUCUAUUUCAUAUGCUCAGCAGUAGUCCGAUUAGAUCAGGUGAUGAGCCAGGAGGCACAUCAAGGGGCCUGAGAAGGCAUAGAAGACGCUAUCUGUGGGGAGAGAAUUUGUUAAGUCUUCAAUACAAUGAUAAUGAUGAUGAUGAUGAUGAUGAUGAUGAUGAUGAUGAGGGGGAGGAGGGCGAAGGAGAUGCUGUAGAUGAAGAAGUUCAGAGACCAAGGAGCCGCCGGAGGUUCAUAAGAUCAAGAUCGGAGGAGCGAGUAUAAUACAUUGGUGGCUUGUGGUAAUUACAUUCUUCGCUGCUGUGAAGUUCUUUUGCCGUGAACCCAUGAUGACUCCUUGCAUGGCAGUGGAUGAUGUGCUUCCUUGCAUUGUUAAAAUGCUGCGCACAUCCUUGCAAUCAAAGACCUAAAGGCUUGUGGACCUCAAGUUCAAGUUUAGAUGACUCAAAUGUGUUUAACACCAUCCAUGAGACCCUCUUGAAUCCGACACUUACGGGGAACACUCGUUCUUAUGGCAAAGCUGGACUGAUCUCAGCACAAUUACACAAGUGAUACUAGAAGCUAGCUUUUGGAGAUGCUCGCUCCAUCACAGUUGGUGCUGUCGCUGGUGCACCAUGUCUUUUUACCUUAUGCACUGUGUGUCAUCUGCAUUUGUUGUAUAUUCUUCACAUAUUACAUUCCAUUGAGUUCAUGCUGCUACUAUUCUGGUUCAUAUCGGGUGUGUUUGGUUGCCUGGAUAUGAUCUGGCCAGACUCAUGAGACGCAGCUUUAUUC